AAAAAAUAAGAGAGAGAGAGAGACCCUUGACCAGUGCCUGCAUAUGGUGGAGGGUUUGGAGAUGAAGGGUCCCCUCCGGGAGCCUUGCGCCCUGACCCUAGCCCAGAGGAACGGGCAAUAUGAGUUAAUAAUCCAGUUGCAUGGGAAGGAACAGCAUGUUCAAGAUAUCAUUCCUAUAAAUAGCCACUUCAGAUGUGUUCAAGAAGCAGAAGAAACUCUUUUGAUUGACAUUGCAUCAAACAGUGGCUGCAAAAUUCGGGUACAGGGAGACUGGACCAGAGAGCGCCACUUUGAAAUUCCUGAUGAAGAGCACUGUGUUAAGUUUCUCUCAGAAGUCCUUGCGGCUCAGGAAGCUCAGUCACAGCUUCUUGUUCCAGAACAAAAAGACUCAUCUAGCUGGUACCAGAAAUUAGACACUAAGGAUAAACCUGCAUAUUCAGGGCUGCUUGGAUUUGAGGAUAAUUUUUCAUCUAUGAAUUUAGAUAAAAAAAUGGACACACAAAACCACCCCACAGCAAUUCAUCGGGAACCACCCCCUCCACCUCCUUCAAUGAAUAGAAUGCCUCCACGUGAAAAGGAAGCUUCAAACAAGGAACAGCCCAAAGUGACCAACACUAUGCGGAAGCUAUUUGUACCAAAUACCCAAUCUGGGCAGCGAGAGGGUCUCAUCAAACAUAUCCUUGCAAAGCGAGAAAAAGAAUAUGUCAACCUCCAGUCUUUCAGAUUUUUUGUUGGAACUUGGAAUGUGAAUGGACAGUCUCCAGAUAGCAGCUUAGAACCUUGGCUGAACUGUGAUCCAAAUCCUCCUGAUAUUUACUGCAUUGGAUUCCAAGAGCUGGAUUUGAGCACAGAAGCCUUUUUCUACUUUGAGUCUGUAAAAGAGCAAGAAUGGUCCAUGGCAGUGGAAAGGGGUCUGCCUUCAAAGGCCAAGUACAAAAAAGUUCAACUAGUCCGCCUUGUGGGGAUGAUGCUUCUUAUAUUUGCCAGAAAAGAUCAGUGUCGGUAUAUCCGUGAUGUUGCUACAGAAACAGUUGGAACUGGAAUCAUGGGGAAAAUGGGAAACAAAGGUGGAGUGGCUGUGAGAUUUGUAUUUCAUAACACCACUUUCUGCAUUGUCAAUUCCCACCUGGCUGCCCACGUGGAAGAGUUUGAAAGAAGGAAUCAGGAUUAUAAAGACAUCUGUGCAAGAAUGAGUUUUACGGUCCCCAAUCAGGCUCUCCCACAAUUGAACAUCAUGAAGCAUGAUGUUGUCAUUUGGUUGGGAGACUUGAACUACAGACUUUGCAUGCCCGAUGCCAAUGAGGUGAAAAGUCUUAUUAAUAAAAAUGAUCUUCAGAAGCUCUUGAAAUUCGACCAGUUAAACAUUCAGCGCACACAGAAAAAAGCCUUUGUGGAUUUCAAUGAAGGGGAAAUCAAGUUUAUUCCCACUUACAAGUAUGAUUCUAAAACUGACAGAUGGGAUUCCAGUGGAAAAUGCCGAGUUCCAGCCUGGUGUGACCGAAUUCUUUGGAGAGGAAUAAAUAUUAAUCAGCUUCAUUACCGAAGUCACAUGGAGCUCAAAACUAGUGACCACAAGCCUGUUAGCGCCCUGUUCAACAUUGGGGUGAAGGUUGUCGAUGAACGGAGGUAUCGGAAGGUCUUUGAAGAUAUUGUACGCAUUAUGGACAGAAUGGAAAAUGACUUCCUUCCUUCGUUAGAACUUAGUAGGAGAGAGUUUAUGUUUGAGAAUGUGAAGUUUCGACAGCUGCAAAAGGAGAAGUUCCAGAUCAGCAACAAUGGACAGGUUCCCUGCCAUUUUUCUUUCAUCCCUAAACUUAAUGACAGCCAAUACUGCAAGCCAUGGCUUCGAGCUGAACCUUUUGAGGGCUACUUGGAGCCAAAUGAGACAGUGGACAUUUCUCUUGAUGUAUACGUCAGCAAAGACUCUGUAACCAUCCUGAACUCUGGUGAAGAUAAGAUUGAAGAUAUUCUUGUCCUUCAUUUGGCCAGAGGCAAAGAUUACUUCUUGACCAUCAGUGGAAAUUACCUUCCAAGCUGCUUUGGAACAUCCUUAGAGGCUUUGUGUCGAAUGAAAAGACCAAUCCGAGAAGUUCCUGUCACCAAACUCAUAGACUUGGAAGAAGACAGCUUCCUAGAAAAGGAGAAAUCCCUUCUGCAGAUGGUCCCCUUGGAUGAAGGUGCCAGUGAGCGACCCCUUCAGGUUCCCAAGGAGAUCUGGCUUCUAGUAGAUCACUUAUACAGAUAUGCCUGCCACCAGGAGGACCUGUUCCAAACCCCUGGAAUGCAAGAGGAGUUACAGCAGAUCAUCGAUUGUCUGGAUACCAGUAUUCCUGAGACAAUCCCUGGCAGUAACCACUCUGUGGCUGAAGCACUGCUUAUUUUCCUGGAAGCCCUGCCAGAGCCGGUCAUCUGUUAUGAGCUGUAUCAGCGCUGUCUCGAUUCUGCUCAUGAUCCACGCAUCUGCAGACAGGUAAUUUCCCAGCUUCCAAGAUGCCAUAGAAAUGUUUUCCGCUACUUGAUGGCAUUCCUUCGUGAACUCCUAAAAUUCUCGGAGUACAACAAUGUCAGCGCCAACAUGAUCGCUACUCUCUUCACUAGCCUUCUCCUAAGACCUCCACCAAACCUCAUGGCAAGACAGACUCCAAGUGACCGCCAGCGUGCCAUCCAGUUCCUUCUGGGCUUCCUGCUAGGGAGCGAGGAAGACUAAGUCUUUCCUUAUCUAAGAUUCUAGAAAAAGAAAAUCUUGGGCUCCAAGUAUUUCAGGAAUAUUUGAAAAAGUCAUGACACACA